AGGGUGCAAUGAAGAGGAGGGAGGCGGUCGUUGCGAGAAAACCUGAGGAAGAAGAGAAGUUCGGGGAAGGGGAAAGACAGACAAAAUCCCUCUCUCUCUCUCUCUCUCUCUCUCUCCCCGUCCGUUAUAUCAUUUUCCUCCAAAGGUCGUGGAAGCGAAGAAGAAGAAGGACAACUCAUAAACAAAAGAGCUCACACAUUUUCAAUCCCCUAUUCGUCCCUCAACCUGACGACCGCUCCUCCUCCUCCUUCCCCCACUAGGGUUUCCGCCGAGAUCCGUCGACCCCCGCUUCCUACCUGCGAGCCAUGCCGCACUUCACUGCCAUAGCUUUGGAUAGGCUAAUAGAUUCCGGAGCUUCUAAAUCAGCCGACAAAUCUGGCCACGGAUCUAUGACUGUUCCCAGGCAUCCUCUGAGUCCCAAGUCGGGUUCCAGUCCCAAAUUAGGAAGGCGGAAUAGCACUAACAGCACUCAACGGAAUAGCAUGGCAAGCACACAGCGGAGGGUUCCACGCCCGCAGAUGACGCCGGCGCUGUAUGCCACUCCGGAGACCACUCCGCUUCCGGACUCACCGUCCUCGUUCCCUCCUUCUCCAUACAUCAUCAAUCACAAACGACGUGGGCCACGUCUUGGGAAGAACCCACCCGAAGCUGAUGCUUCUUCUUGUGAGAAGAGCACAGGUAAAGCAGAAACCAGUUUAGGUGCCAGAGAGACAAGUAGCCUGGUUGUUGCACAUGCGGAGGCUGUCCCUGUUUCACCUCUGUCAAGCCCUGUUAAGGACAGUCAUGCUAUCGGGGCUUAUGAGCGUCACAGUGGAAGUACUAGUAAUGGGGAAGCUGUGAAGAGCAACUUGGGACAGAAUGAGAAAUUUAAUGGUGGUUCCAUCGGGGAAAACAAUUAUGCCAUGCCCGUAACGCUGACUCCAUCAAAAGAGGGUGACAGCGAAGAUUUUUACGAUCCUCAGGAUACAAUGAGUUACACAAGUAGCACUGACGUGGAUGAUUCUGGCACUCCAGACCGUGCUUCAAAGAUGGCAUCAGCUGGUGGGGAGUUUUAUGAUGCGUGGGAAGAGUUGUCCUCUGAUAGUGGGCCACAGUCUUCUCUGCGAGCUCUUGAAGAGGAAUUGCGAGAGAUAAGAUUGAGUUUGUUGAUGGAGAUAGAGAAACGGAAGCAAGCAGAGGAAGCACUCCGAAAUAUGCGAAACCUUUGGCAGAGAAUGAGGGAACAGCUAUCCCUUGUUGGACUGACCCUCCGGGCUGAUCCAACAGUGGAGACUGAACAGUUGGAUGCUGAUCCUGUUGAAGAGCUGUCCCAGCAAGUUCAUCUUGCCCGUUUUGUUUCUGAAGCAAUUGGGCGAGGCAUUGCCAAGUCUGAAGCAGAAACUGUGAUGGAGGCUCAGCUCGAGGCAAAGAACUUCGAGAUUGCACGUCUGUGGGACCGCCUGCAUUACUAUGAGGCUGUUAAUCAUGAGAUGUCCCAGAGGAACCAAGAAGCUGUUGAGACAGCAAGACGCCGCAGACAAAUUCGGAAGAGGAAGCAGAGAUGGGUCUGGGGAUCGAUUGCUGCUACAAUAACGAUUGGAGCUGCUGCUCUAUCAUGGUCUUACCUCCAAUCUGGGAAGGGGUCAUCUUCUCAUCAUGCCCAGGUUCAGGCUCCUGAACGCAGUGAUGAAGCCAACCGAUGAAUUCCCUUGCUAUAUAUCCGAGUGAAACUAAGCUAUGGCCAUCAAAGUGAAUAAGAUGCCCAACUUGUGAAUGAUAAUUUUGCAGAUUACAUAAAGUACCCCUUUGACCUUAUCCUCAGAGGAUGUAUAGUCCACCAAAUAAUCAACUCGGGCUGCUGUUUGCAGCUCCAUGAAGAGCUCGGUACAGGUCUGAUUGUUGUUGGGAGUUUGAAUAUCAACACAAUGUCUGAGACCCGCUGAGUUGCAAUUGUUUUGUUUCGGUUCUUUAUUCGUGUUUGAUGGUAGCUUACACAUAAAAGGACAAGUAACUUGAUCCAAUUUUGGGAUUGUGGACCUAUGUUUAUUUGAUGCGGAAGAGCAAUUAAAGCAGGGAGGCGGGAACGUUCAAUGACUGCACUUUAUAA